AUCGUCGCCUAGAAUUGGAGCCAUAAAAUCAUACAUUUUAUACCAAUUUGCACUGCUUUCUUCCUUCUGGCCGUCGUCAACUAAGAAAACAAAAUCGAUCAAUCAAAGAUACAAGUCACAAUAAAAAAAAAAAACAAGACUUCCUUUUGCACAAAAAUGGCCAACGAGGUCGUCUUCGCACGGCAGUUCUUGUCGCAGCUCGAUGCCCUGCCCACCAAGCUAUCUCCGGACCAUGUCGAGGAUCCAAGAUCAUACCCAGCCCGAGCAGCCUACAUCCUCCCUCGGCCGCCCAAGGCCAUGAGCAAGCCGCACGGCCGGGCGGCGGCGCCGGGCUCGGAGCGCAGCGUGGCCGUGUCGCUGCGGUCUCUGCGCAACCCGCCGCUCGACAUCAAGCUCGCGCCGCAGCCCGUCUCGACGACGUCGGUGCAGGACGUCAAGGCCGCCGCGGCCGAGCAGGCGGGCCUCCCCGCCGACAAGAUGAAGCUGCUGUUCAAGAAGAAGCCCGUCGCCGACAGCAAGACGCUCGCCGAGCUGCUCGAGGGUGCGGGCGGCUCUGCCGACGAGACGGUCGUCGAGUUCACCGUCAUGGUGCUCGGCGGCGCGGUGCCCAGUCGGCCGGCGGCGGCUGGUGGUGCCGAGAGCGGUGGCGACGUGCAGAUGAAGGAUGCGGCGCCGGCUGCGGCUGCUGCUGCUUCGACGUCUACGGCUCAAGGGGUCAGCGGCGUCGAUGUGCUCAAGACUGACGACUUUUGGACGGACCUCAACGGCUUCCUGCUGCAGAGGGUGAGGGAUGAGAAGGUGGCGGAUGAGGUGUCUGCCCUGUUCCGAAAAGCAUGGGACAACAAGCCAUGA